GGGAAUAACUAAAAAGCCUUUUCAACAUGUUCAAGCAUUGAGACGACAUAUUCCUAUCUGCAAGUAGUCAUUAUAUUCGGUGAUCUCAGGCAUAUGGAAUUGUGGAUUGUGGCUAUAGAGGACUUGCUAUUAAUAUGGACAGUGUAGGAUCCAUUUCAGAAAGAAGUUGAUUAUUUGAAACAUACCUGUCGCAUAUGAUUUAUAAGCUUUGAUCGACCUGUGAACGAUAUAGGUCAAACAUGCAGAAGUAUAAUCCAGACUCUCCUUUGGCAACCCUGGAAGAUAUUCAGAAAGCCACCAAGGUCGUGCAAGAGAGCGCCCUCUGCGUUCGAACUCCAUUGGUACACAAUGCUCAAGAAUGGCUUAGACUUGAUCUAGCAUGCAACCUGAGUCUUAAGCUUGAAAAUACACAAACAACAGGGUCAUUCAAGGUCAGAGGUCUUGCAAAUCAAGUGGCUCACAUCCCCGAAUCGGUGCAACAGGAAAUCAUUACAAUGUCAGCAGGGAAUUAUGGGAAGGCGUUCUCAUAUGCGAUGAAACAAAGAGGCCUGAAGGCAAGAGUCCUCAUGCCCGAGACAGCGCCGAGGGUCAGAGAGGAAAUUAUGAGGAGUUAUGGAACAGAAGUUGAGCGGAUUCCCACCAGAGAGCUCCAGCCUCGUGUUGAUGGUUACGUAACAAAUGAAGGCAUGCAUUAUCUUCACCCAUUUGAUGAUAUUAAUUUGAUCUGUGGGCAUGGAAGCGUAGGUUUAGAGAUCCUUGAAGACAUCCCCGAUCCCGAUGUGAUCGUCGUAUGCUGCGGGGGAGGAGGUCUACUGGCUGGAAUAGCCGCUGCUGUGAAACGUUCAGGCAAAGCUCACACAAGGAUCUAUGGGGUCGAACCGGAACAAGCUUGUUGCAUGUCCAAGAGCAAGCAAUCUGGUAAACCAGUCACAGAUCCAAAUGUACACUCUAUCGCUUCGGGAUUAUCUCCUCCGUUCGCAGGUUCGAAUGCCUUCCGCCACGUCGAAGAGUUCGUCGAAGACAUCCUUCUGUUAAGUGAGGAAGAGAUUAUUACCGCAGUCUCUCACCUCUACCAGGCCGGAUUGGUUGUGGAACCGGCAGGUGCUGCAGCCUUCGGAGCGGUUCUAUUCGGCAAGGUACCCGAUGUGGUGGACAAGAAGGUUGUAGCUGUCAUCACUGGUGGGAACGUCUCCCCGCAAGAACUCUGCAAUAUCAUCAAGAACUAAUUUAACCGACCAAGUUCAUUAACCUUCUUCCUCAUUAGAUAGUCCCCGUAUAAAGACUGUGAAAAUAUUAUAAAGUUAAGUAGUCAACAUGUUAGUUAGAGGACUUCUGCAAUAUCAUCAAAACCCGAUUUUCACAUGCAAUAUACCAUUUGACAAAUCCAUUAACCCACUGCCUACUAAAUUAGAUGAUCCCCGUGCGAAUUAUAGAAUUCAUCAGUCAGUUGCUUCUAAAAUUACCAGGGGUCAUUAUAAGGGUGGGCCUGAGAGGUCCACCGGCCCGAAAUGAUCCCUAAAAGAACUGAUUUGUUUGAAAUGAAAAACAUUAUUGGAAAAUGGGAAAAGGUGGAGAAUAGGAAAGCAACACCAGGGUCAUGCAAAUCAAGGUGACGUCAGGGUAUUUUGAUAUUGGGCAAGAGGGCCUGAUAGUGACAUCAAUUCUUCCAUUGGGAGAGGGGAUUGACAAGAAAAUAAUUAAAUUGGAAUAAAAAUGGGGGGGGGGGAGACAACAAAAAGUCAUGGAAGAGGGGGAGAGAUAUUUGGUCCUAAAACAAUGCAAAAACCCACCUUUGGUUAAUUUUGCGACCCCCCCCCCCUUCAAAGACCCUCACGUCAGCAUCCCAUUCUUGCCAUCUUGUGCUAAUAAAAUACCUCAUGCAAUACAAGCAGA